CUAAGUAGUUUUAGAAUAUUCUACAAACAUGUUGAAAUUUGUGACGCUCGUGUGUUUGCUUGGACUAGCGGCCGGCGGGCCUCCAGUGACUAAGUCCAGGGAGGAGAUCGAAGCAUUCAGGACUUUUUUAGAGACCACUAGACGAGAUGGUCCCUCUCUCGAGGAACGCAUGGCCAGUAACCCCCAAGCCAGCGCGUGGGAGAACAGCGGCAAGUACCAGGGUGAUAUAAUCUUGGACGACGAGCAAAUCAAUGCUCUGGUGGAGGAAUUCGCGAGUGGCAGGAAUGCUUACAUCUGGCCAAACACAAAAUGGCCUGACGAUGUAGUGGUUUGGGAGUUCGCUGAGGGUGUAUUCAAUUCCGAUCAAGAAAGGGCUAUUAUCGAAGCUAUCAAUGAUAUUGAGCGUAACUCAUGCGUUCGCUUCCGUCUCAGAACACCUUCAGACCAGAACUACGUCAGGAUCACCAAUAGGCAAGACGGUUGCUACGCGUCGGUCGGCUACUGGUCGACUCGCGGCGUACACACCCUGAACCUCGCCAACGGCUGCUUCCGCCACGUCGUCAUCAUCCACGAGUGGCUCCACGUGCUGGGCUUCCUCCACAUGCAGUCCACAUACAACAGAGAUGACUACGUUCGCAUCAUGUGGGAGAACAUUGAGAGUGGCAAGGAGCACAACUUCGAUAAAUACGAAAGCAACUUAGUGAGCAACCACGCGCUGCCUUACGAGUAUACCAGCUGUAUGCACUACGGCCCGUACGGGUUUAGCGUCAACGGACAGCCAACCAUCGUGCCGCUUUGGCCUUUCGAUGGUGAGAUGGGUCAAACCAAUGAAGUCACUGCUUUGGACUGGUUGAGGCUGAACAGGCACUACAAUUGCCCCGGAGCUUGGGGGAAGGAUGUGGCACCCCAAACAAAUCUACAGGACAUUAGCGCAUAAUAAAUAACAACAGUGUUAUUUUAUCGCCCUGUUAGAGAGUGGAAUCAAAAUUACUACAACCGAUACAAAAAGGAAAUAUACUGUCAGUAAAUGUGAAUAUUUUUCCCAAAGAAACAUCUGUAAAAGGUUACUGACAACAAAAAUUUGAGCGUCCCUUAUUAACAUAGCGCGUCUGCUGUAGUAUGAGGACGUUUAAAUUUUUUAUUGUUUCUCGAUCCAUACCUUUAGGAAAAAUAUUCAAUUUAACUGGCAGAAUGUCUCUUUAUAUUAAAUAGAUGCUAAUGAUAGACUUUGUACCUAUAUGGAGUGAAAUGAACCUAAUAAUAAUGAACUUUAUUUCCUUAACCACGGUACAAUUUAAGAUGUAACAUUGGUAAAAGAACAUAUGUGUUUAGCUAACAGUGUGAUAGCAAGCAAAGUUGUUUUAAAAUAUUCGUCAAUUAAUUUUUUUUUUUUUAUUUAA